UGCCAAGAACCGACUCGAGAACCCACCGCCUACAUACCUCGGCUCUCUCCGGCGGCGUGGCCGACUGUGUCACGGUGGAGCCACAGGGGAGUUGGAUCCACGCAAGGCGCAACAUCUGGCCUGGAUGAGCCGCCGUUCCCCGCCAGCGUCGGCGCCCCCGAUGGACGACGAGAAUCUCCUGGAGGAGAUCCUCUUCCGCCUGCCUCCACCCUCCAUCCUCCCAGCUUCCCUCGUCUACAAGCGCUGGCAUGGCAUCCUCGCCGACCGCCGAUUCGUCCAACGCUUCCGCGAGCACCACCGGAAGCCUCCAUUGUUGGGCUACUUUGACAGAAAAUUUCGAGGGGCCAGCUUCACUCCUAUGGCAGGGUUCACCCCCGUGCUGGGCUCCAUCCCUCGUCUUGGCCUCCUCAACCUCGUCGACUGCCGCCAUGGUGUAGCCCUUUUUCUUGAUCAUGCACGCCGCGAGAUCCUCUUGUGGAACCCCAUCGCCGGCGUCCAGCGCCACGUGGCUUUUCCGCCAGGGCUCAACCAUGGCACUGAUUGCGAGGUCCAGACCGCCGCGGUGCUCUGCUGCGCCUCCGACGGUCUCCCCGUGCACCGUGACUGCCACUUGAGUGCAUUUACACUAGUACUGGUUGGGGACUAUCCUAAACGAGCAAAGAAAUUCACAUGUCUCUAUGAAUCCAAGUCUGGUGUAUGGGGACAAGUAAUCUCGACAGCCGCUCGAAGUUGGGUUUAUAGGAACAGGCCCAGCGUCCUGGUUGGAAGUACACUUUGCUGGUUGCUUUUAAGCUCCGACAUCCUUCAGCUCGAUUUUAAAAAUAGGACGCUUGUUGUGAUUGAGAAGCCGGCAUACGCCUAUGAUGCUGAUGCCAACUGCUCGUAUUUUCAGCCCUUACGAACAGAGGACGGUGGCCUUGGCCUGGCCGUUCGCUCAAAAAACCUAAGCAUCCAACUAUGGGUGAGGAAAUCCAACUACGAGGACACUGUCUCAUGGGUGCUAAAGAAAACUGUUCAACUGGGCGAUCAAAUUUCACAUCCCCUGUUCCCGAGGUUAUCAACAUCGAUUAUGAUGAUGGGGUAUGACGAGGACACAAAUGUCAUCUUCCUGUGUUACGAAUCUUGUCAUCACUUCAUGCUCCAGCUUGACUCGAUGCAGUUCAGACAUAUUAGUACAAAACCAAACUUGGCUUACAGAGUGUGUUAUCCAUAUAGAGAUUUCUAUACCGAAGAGGCGCCACAAUAGGAUGAGGAAGGUCUUGGAUCGAAGAAGAGUGAGCCACGCUACAAUUCUGAUGUGGCAGCUGGGUGUGCGGUAGGAGGAACUGUCUUAGGGAAGCCAGUAAAAUAGUAUGAGUAUUUAUUAGCUGAGUUUUGAGCCAGUGGCUAGUUUGGUACUGGCUUAGGAUGUUAAAUGUAACUGGACCAGAUGCUGCUACGAUGUACAUCUGAGCAGUUUUUUAGAGUCCUGGUACCUUAUGUUUGAAAAGACUACGACAGCAGUGGCAAGGCCUCGAACCCGAGACAACGAUAGCUAGAUUC